AUGAGAGAUGAGGGCAUAAAUUUCAUCCCUUCUCACCCCCAUCGUCGUCCAACCAACUUCCUUCAUCUCAUCCCUCCUCACUCCCAUCGCUGUCCUCCCUUUUUCCUCUCUCAUCCCUCCUCACUCCCAUCAAUGUACUCCUUUCUUCCUCUCUCUCAUCCAUCCACUCCCAUCUCUGUCCUCCCUUCUCCCUCACUCCCAACCCUCUUCAUUCCCAUCUUCCACCCUCUCAUCCCUCCACUCCCAUCUCUGUCCUCCCUUCUCCCUCACUCCCAACCCUCUUCAUUCCCAUCUUCCUCACUCUCAUCCCUCCACUCCUGCCUCUGUCCUCCCUUCUCCCUCCCUCCCUCCCAACCCUCUUCAUUCCCAUCUUCCACCCUAUCAUCCAUCCACUCCCAUCUCUGUCCUCCCUUCUCCCUCACUCCCAACCCUCUUCAUUCCCAUCUUCCUCACUCUCAUCCCUCCACUCCUGCCUCUGUCCUCCCUUCUCCCCCCCUCCCAACCCUCUUCAUUCCCAUCUUCCACCCUCUCAUCCCUCCACUCCCAUCUCUGUCCUCCCUUCUCCCUCACUCCCAACCCUCUUCAUUCCCAUCUUCCUCACUCUCAUCCCUCCACUCCUGCCUCUGUCCUCCCUUCUCCCUCCCUUCCAACCCUCUUCAUUCCCAUUUUCCACCCUCUCAUCCCUCUACUCCCAUCUCUGUCCUCCCUUUUCCCUCACUCCCAACCCUCUUCAUUCCCAUCUUCCACCCUAUCAUCCAUCCACUCCCAUCUCUGUCCUCCCUUCUCCCUCACUCCCAACCCUCUUCAUUCCCAUCUUCCACCCUCUCAUCCCUCCAAUCCCAUCUCUGUCCUCUCUUCUCCCUCACUCCCAACCCUCUUCAUUCCCAUCUUCCACCCUCUCAUCCCUCCACUCCCGUCUCUGUCCUCCCUUCUCCCUCGCUCCCAACCCUCUUCAUUCCCAUCUUCCACCCUCUCAUCCCUCCACUCCCAUCUCUGUCCUCCCUUCUCCCUCGCUCCCAACCCUCUUCAUUCCCAUCUUCCACCCUCUCAUCCCUCCACUCCCAUCUCUGUCCUCCCUUCUCCCUCACUCCCAACCCUCUUCAUUCCCAUCUUCCUCACUCUCAUCCCUCCACUCCCAUCUCUCUCAUCCCUUCUCGCUUCCAUCCCUGCCUUGCCGUUGAUGUGUUUGGCGAAUUUCAAGCAUCCGAGUUCAACAUCGGCAAGGUGCAUGGCCUUGUGCAUUUGGUCGAUGACAUUCGACGCUCCGGUGUCCCCGUUCACUACAACGCCAACAUGUUCGAGUUUCUUCACCAACCUCUUGUGAAGAGGGCGUACCGUGCAAGCAACAAACGUGACGCUAUGCCUCAAAUCGUGAAACAUAGUGUGAUGGCACGAAUGCUGCAAGCUCUUGAUGACUCGGACCACAACAAGGAGGAUUCACACCAUCGAAUGGUCGCCCUACAAAAGGCCAUGGAAACCGGGAGAAACACGCUCGUGGCCACGUCGCACAAGGUGAACUGGAGGGACUCUCGAUUUGUUGGCGGCGAUCUUUGGCGGGAAUACGAAACAGCAGCACCUGGCGACAUGUUGCAGCUCCGCGCCUUGUUGUCACAACGACAAGCCGAUGGCGUUGAAUUAAGCGACGAGAUCCAAGUCAGAAAGGGCAUGGCUAUACCAGAAUGUUAUAUUGUCUAG